GCGAUCGCUGCCAUUGCGGCGCUCACUGGCUGACCCGAGUCACGUGACGACCCAACAUUCAUUCAUACAGCUUUGAGCCGGCUCGAUGGAGGAAUCAAGCAGGUUGGCGCGGUCAUCCAGGUUGAUACAUACUGAUCAGUGAGGACCUGAUCAGUCAGUGGCACACAGAAAAUGCUACAAUGAGCUCCUUCUUAGAUUACUCUGUGAUUAGUGGCGACGGAGGAUCCUGCUCUACCAAGGCUUUUCAUCCAGACCACGGGAUUUCAGGUUUCCAGUCGUGCUCUGUCACAGGUAAUACUUGCGGCGAUGAAGAUCACUUUAUCGUGAGUAGACUUUCGCCGGGUGGUAUUCCUUCCCACGCACACCAGUCGGGAUCCUACCAAACUCACAGUUCUUUAGGCUUCACAUAUGCCACCCACUCCGGUUGUGGCUCCAGCUAUGGCACACAGAGUGUUUGUCCAAGUUACAAUCACUACCCACUGAGCCAGGACGUGGACUCCAAUGUUAGCUACCCGCAAUGUGCCCCCAUAGUUUACUCUGGGAACAUUUCGUCAUCCAUGUUGCAGCAUCACCAGGGUUACAGUGGAGCUACGAUGGGACAACUACAGUACACUCACGCCGCAUACGGACAUGAGCAAGCGAACCUGUCCUUCGCUGCGUGUGGGAGCCACCUGUCCCCUCUGCAUGUCACCACCCAUGACACCUGCUGCUCACCCUUGCCUGAGAGUACUUCACCGGCGCAGACUUUCGAUUGGAUGAAAGUAAAGAGAAACCCCCCCAAAACUGGCAAAGCUGGAGAAUAUGGCUUCGCUGGUCAGCCCAACAUGGUGAGGACCAACUUCAGCACCAAACAGCUAACAGAGCUGGAGAAGGAGUUCCACUUCAACAAGUACUUGACCCGCGCCAGACGCGUAGAGAUCGCAGCAGCGCUUCAGCUCAACGAGACUCAGGUGAAAAUUUGGUUCCAGAACCGAAGAAUGAAGCAAAAGAAACGCGAGAAGGAAGGGUUGCUAUCGAAAUCGCCAGGCACCCAAACAGACAGCGACGAGAAAAACGAAAAUCAGUCAAGGAAAUUGCCCUCCCCCGCCACUACACCAUCCCCCGCCUCAUCUACAGCGUCCUCUACGGCUGACCCCUAUACAUCGGGAUAAAGUUAUCCUCUACAGCUAGGAUCAUAGUGAUUAUUCAGGACACAACGAUCCCUUGUAGCCUGACCUCCAAACAACAAAAUGGCUUCAUAUACAGUUAUUGAUAUUUAUGUUAGAAGUAAUGGACUUCCAAACAUGCUUGUACUUAAGUAGCCAAAGAAAUGCACCAUUGGAGUGCUUACAAUCAGAUUAUUACCUGGAUUUUUAAUUAAUUGAUGGUCUUGUGAUUUGUGUGAUCAACUGUGUAUGUGUGCUUAGAUUCACUAAGUGCAAAAUCUUAAACGUUUUGUUUACAUAAAGAGGGUUUUAAAUGCCGCUUACAUGUAAUUAUGUUUAAUGCAGAUUGCACAGACAAGUAAACUGAAGGCCUCGAUUGGCUGACCUUAAACAUAUAUGUUGUGUUGUGCAAAUUCUGUUUUUAUUGAAACGGAAAUAACUGAAAGUGGUGUAAUUUGUGUUGCCUUAACGUUCUCAUGGGAAGUUGUGGCCAAACCACUAUUUCAUUGACCCUCCAGACUGUAGGCUACCGUAUAGCCUGUAGCUAUUUUCACCUGCCAUAAAUUAACGUUACCUUCCAACUGUGAUCAAAUAAGUUCGUAUUAUAUUGCUUUCUAUUGAAAACACUAUAUUUAAAGCAACUUAUAUAUUAUAUAGGCUACAAAACUCACAGCACAGGAAGUAAAGCCAGAGUGUGAGCGACUGAACAGAAUGCAUCAUGUGUGCUUUUGAACAGAUAAGUCGGAGGUUAUGUCACUCUUACACAGAUUGGCAGUCGGUACCAAUGGCAUAAACAGAAGUGUAAGGCCAAGUAUAUAUUCGUUUAGUCUACUGAGGUUUUUCCUCAUUGAUUUUUUUUUUUCAGAAAGGAAACGCAACAUGACACCAAACUGGAACAAGUAGCCUAAUGCUAGUUGUUAUGUGCCUCACACUGGUUGUUUAAAUGCUACACUUAAACUUUAACCUGUUGUAAAACAAAUACCUCAUGAACACAAU